GUUAGUGGGAAAAAGCAGGAUCUCUGAAAGAAAACCGGUGACUUCCAUUAUCGCAGUGGCGGCAGUGUGUUGAUUAACAGUGUCAGUUAAAGUGACCGUAAAAAUUACUUAUAACAAUACUUAGGCGGUAUAACUCACAGCAAUAUUAUCACGUUUAAUAAACACAAAAAGCGCGUCUACCUACGUAACUAUCUGUUUGAUUCAGUGAAUUUAUAGUUUUUAUUUUUGAAGAUUUUUUGUUUCAUUACGUUUUUUGUUAUUAGACGAGUCGUACUCGACCAAAUGUCGGUCUGUUUACUGUUGUUAAACUAAAUUUUUGAACUCGUUUAUUGCCGCAAGUUAGGUACUUGUAAUGGCGAACAAUCGAAAAUUGGUAAAAGUGUUAUUGGUGGUCAAUAUUGUGUACAUAUGCAUCGGUUUUACAUCGACGAGGUCUCCGAGUCUACAUCAAAAUAAAAAAUUGGCGAACAAAGCAGAGGAAGUCCAAUCGGUUGAAGCCGAAGCUCCUGAAGUAUCUGAAGCAGGAGAGAAUAACGAAGAACCGAACGACGUUCCGCCAGAAAACGGUAGAUUAAACAUGAAACGAAGACCCAACGGCUGCCCAUUUUGCGAUUCUAGUGUGUAUAGUUACUGCUCCGACAAAUUAUUGCACGACGCUUGUUGUUGCCUAGAUCCGCACGAUACAGAUUUACCAAAUGAAUGUCAAUUCGCGGAUUGUACUUUUCUUCACUCAAAUACUUGCCGAGAACAUCGUCUGAUUACUGCUUGUUGUUGUAAUCAGUUCCUCGCACAUAAGAAGUAAACUUAUGACAAUAAUACAAUAUUACAACUAUAUAUUUCGUUGAACUUAAAUCAAUAUACAAACAAACCAACCCUUUACGAUUAAAAUUGUUAAAGUUUGAAACAUGGUAUAAAUAAAAUUAUGUUAGUAUUAUCUUAAUUCACAAAUUUACUAUGCUAAUAAAUUGUAAUGUUUAAAUGAGUUUAUUCUUAUAUUUACUUACUUCAUUGUAUUUUUUUUUAAACUGCAGUUGAAUCGAUGUUUUUGCCGAUGGUUUUUAUGUUUAAAUUUAAAUACAUAUGUCAUUGUUAUGUAAAGUGGUACUCAGAUGUAGGUCAUACGGGACAUUUUUCCACCAAAAAAUUAAAACUUUCUUUUAUCCAAUGGAACUUAUAGAUCAUUAUUAAUCAUCAUCCGCUUUUACACAAAUAAUCUGAUGUUUAACUGAAAAUGUAGAUUCCAAUAUGCCGAUUUAAAAUUUGUAUAGUAUGCUUUUUAUAAGACUAUAUUUAUACAUAUUAGUGUCUUAGACAAAUAUUCUGAAAUAUGUUUAGCCUCAAUGAGCUUCUGCAGACGUCCUUGAUGAUAAAUCAUAUUAUUAUACAUUAUAAUAUACGUUAGUAUUUUACCACUUAAACCGUUUUACACAACAUUUAUUUUAAUAUUUUGGUAGUAUUUACUAUUUAGCAUAGUUUAUAUGUACCUCUGUGUAUCAUAAUAAUUGUUAUAAACUGUAUAGUAAUAUACUUUUACAUUAUAAAUGUUGUACAGAGACCUACGAGAUACUAAUGAACUAGAGUUUUAAAUUAUUUGUACACAAUUAACGAUCCGUUUAUAACAAGAACAAAUAACUAAUAUUGAAUACCUACCUAUUUAUAAAAAAACAAUAAAUAU